AUGAACCGCAGUCACCGGCACGGAGCGGGCAGCGGCUGCCUGGGCACCAUGGAGGUGAAGAGCAAGUUUGGAGCUGAAUUUCGUCGGUUUUCACUGGAAAGAUCCAAACCUGGAAAAUUUGAGGAGUUUUAUGGAUUACUGCAACAUGUUCAUAAGAUACCCAAUGUUGACGUUUUAGUAGGCUAUGCGGACAUCCAUGGAGACUUACUACCUAUAAACAAUGACGAUAAUUAUCACAAAGCUGUUUCAACGGCCAACCCACUACUUAGGAUUUUUAUACAAAAAAAGGAAGAAGCAGACUACAGUGCCUUUGGUACAGACACACUAAUAAAGAAGAAGAAUGUUUUGACCAACGUAUUGCGUCCUGACAACCAUAGAAAAAAGCCACACAUAGUCAUUAGCAUGCCCCAAGACUUCAGACCCGUGUCUUCUAUUAUAGACGUGGAUAUUCUCCCAGAAACACAUCGUAGGGUUCGUCUUUACAAGUACGGCACUGAGAAACCCUUAGGAUUCUACAUCCGGGAUGGCUCCAGUGUCAGGGUAACACCUCAUGGCUUAGAGAAGGUCCCAGGGAUCUUUAUAUCCAGACUUGUCCCCGGAGGCCUGGCUCAAAGCACAGGACUGUUAGCUGUGAAUGAUGAAGUCUUAGAAGUCAACGGCAUAGAAGUUUCAGGGAAGAGUCUUGAUCAAGUAACAGACAUGAUGAUCGCCAACAGCCGCAACCUCAUCAUCACGGUGAGACCAGCAAACCAGAGGAACAAUGUUGUCCGGAACAGUCGGACUUCUGGCAGCUCUGGCCAGUCCACUGAUAACAGCCUUCUGGGCUAUCCCCAGCAGGCAGAACCGAGCUUUGAGCCAGAGGAUGAAGACAGUGAUGAGGACGACAUUAUUAUUGAAGGUAACGGAGUGCCGCAGCAGAUUCCGAAAGCUGUUCCCACUACCGAGAGCCUGGAAUCACUGACGCAAAUAGAACUCAAUUUUGAAUCUGGACAGAAUGGUUUUAUUCCUUCUAAUGAUGUGAGCUUAGCCCCCAUCGCAAGUGGCACAGGUACAGAAACACGUGCUCCAGAUCAAAAACUCUUAGAAGAAGACGGAACGAUCAUAACGCUAUGA